AUGGACACCGCUAGUGAGCAGUGGGAAAAACGCGCUCAUCUAGGCUUUAACGAAACCGAGGCCGAUCUUGGAUCCCAGGGAAGCUGCGAAAUUGAGAUUGACAAGAAUAUUUUACCUUUAAUGUGUCGUGAGAUGACAUUUGCCGACAAGACAACGCUCGGGCAAUCCUCCAUUCUCGGCAUUUUAAAGGGUGCCCACAUGAACCAGACGCAAUUUAACUGGCUGGGCUCUGUAUUUUAUCUCAGCUACCUCGUCUUUGAAUACCCUCAAAGUCUCGCGUUGCAACGAUUUCCUGUAGGAAAAUGGAUGAGUAUAAAUAUCUUCAUUUGGUCCAUCACUCUCAUAUGCCACGCUGCAUGCUCGUCGUUCGGUGGCCUAUUAGCUGUCCGGUUCAUCCUUGGCGUAUGUGAAGGCGCAAUCACUCCAGGAUUCAUGAUCGUGACGUCCAUGUUUUACACGCGGGAGGAACAGACAAAGCGCACCGGUUAUUGGUUUCUAAUGAAUGGAUUUGCCGUCAUCUUACUGGGUUUCAUUGCAUUUGGCGUUCUGCACACCAGGACGGGCAGCUUCCUGCCGUGGCAAUGGUUAAUGAUCAUUACCGGCUUGAUGACACUUAUCUCGUCUGUGAUAUUCUGGUUCUUCUUCCCGGAUUCUCCGACAACUGCACGUUUUCUUACUCCCGAUGAACGUGUCAAGGUCGUGCAAAGGAUCAAGGUCAAUCAGACGGGUGUAGAAAAUAAGACGUGGAAACGUGAUCAGUUUAUUGAGACGCUCAAAGAUCCGAAAGUUUGGAUCAUGGUGUUGUUCGCUGCUAUUGGGUACGCACUUUCUUCUCUGACGAACCAGCGGCAGCUUAUUGUCAGCCAGUUUGGCUUUAGCACCAUCCAGACCACUUUGAUCGGCUGUGUAGACGGUGUUGUGGAAAUCUUGACAAUAUGGCUAGGGAUUACCCUGGCUUCGUUCAAGCCCAUUGGACGUGGCUACGCUGGGGUCUUGAUGUAUAUCGUUGCGAUCUUAGGGGCGCUGCUAGUGAAUCUGCUCCCUUCGAGCAAUAAAGUUGGUCUGUUAUUCUCCUAUUGGGUUUCAAUUUUCGCCAUUGCUCCGUUUCCCAUCUUCCUCGGAUGGGUAAGCGGUCUCACGUCGGGACAUACAAAACGGAUAACCACUAAUGCUCUAGUCCUCAUUGGAUACUGCGUAGGUAACUUUGCCGGCCCGUUUGUGUGGAAAAAGAAAUACCAGCCGAGGAAUCAUGUUCCGUGGGCUUUGAUUGCGGCAUCCAACUUGACGUCCGGGAUACUUCUUCUCAUUCUCCGAUUUAUGCUCGCUGCCGAGAACAAGCGACGAAACAUGGAUCGGCAUGAUGAUACCUACGACGAUGUUUAUGUGAAACAUGUUAACACCGAUGGAACCACUGAAGAGAGGAAAGUCGAUAAGGCUUUCCUUGAUCUUACAGAUAUCCAGAACAAAGAUUUCAGAUAUCUACUCUAGACGAAGAUAUUUAUGUUUUGAUUUGGAUUGUAGAUACUACUGCUGACGGUCAACAACUUUUUGUGUUGGUUUCGUUCAUUUGUUUGAUAUCACUAAAUGUCUUACUACACCACGCGCGUCAUAAUGUCUCCAAGGCCGAUUCGGA